GUCGACGCAGCGGUGGCGGCGGUAGUGCGCCGCGCGUCCGCGGGCCGCGUCUCGCUCUCGACCGCACGUGAGCAACGUCUAGUUUUUAUUAAGGGCAAAAUGCUUCGCCUAAAUUUAGUUUCUAUUCGCGUGAUAUUUAUUUUCAGUGUUUAUGUUUUCAAAGCUUAUUCAUGUGAGUCUAUUUACAGCACGUGACACGUCAGCCGCGUCAGCCUUCCCCACUUUCCGACAUGUCUGCCACUUGACCGCGCUGAAUAACAUUGAGCACGAGGAUACUGGCAGUUCAAGUGAGGAAGUUCGUGUGCAUUUGUUUUGUUGCUUGAGUUUGCUGUAGUCCUGGGCUCGGGAGAGAGCGGCUAUCCUCGGUGAUUCAUAAAGUAAACGCUCAUCCCUCUUUGCGUCGAUCAUGCAGUGCACUUACGCGCUCAGCCGCGCGUGCUGUGCGAGAUUUUUACUUGCUCCCUUGUUGCAAUACCUUGACGUGAUCGAUGCCCGCAAAGCACGUCGUCUCUUACGACGGUAUCACAACCACGCCAAGUCGAACAGCAGCUCGCUCUAUGUUCACUGGCCUUACUGUGAAAAACGGUGCACAUACUGCAACUUCAACAAGUAUGUGAGUCAAAACGUGGACCACACCGGGAUGAUGGAGUGCCUCAUCAGGGAGUUCACAACGAUUGUCGAACUUGCCGGAAUCUCCCAGGUCACCUCGGUGUUUUUUGGCGGUGGGACACCCAGUCUGAUGAGGCCGGCAGACAUCGAGAGACUUCUGGGGGUGGUGUCUUCCCUCAGCCCAGACCCCGGACUUGAGGUGACUCUGGAGUGCAACCCGACACCCGCGGCCAGGCAGACGCUGAGGGACUUCAAGCGUGCGGGAGUCAGUCGGGUCUCCGUGGGAAUUCAGUGCCUGCAGGAUGAGGAGCUUUCCCGGCUGGGUCGCACCCACACCAGCGAGGACGCCUUGAGGUGCGUUGAGGAGGCGGAGUGCCUGUUUCCAGGCCGCGUUUCGGUGGAUGUGCUGUAUGGGCGUCCAGGACAGGACUUGCAGCAGUGGCUCCGUGAGCUCGAACUGGUGCUGACCCUGGACACUGCCCACGUGUCCCUGUAUGAGCUGACCCUCGAGCGAGGCACACGACUCUUCAAGGACGUGCAGGCGGGCAGCCAGAGCAUGCCAUGUCGAGAGACGGUCUCCCAGAUGUACUUGGCAGCUGUGGAGGCACUGAAGUCCAGAGGGCUGCUGCGUUAUGAGGCAUCCAACUUUGCUCGGGAGGGCCAUGAAUGUCGGCACAACAUUGGCUACUGGAAAGGAGACCAAUACCUCGGCAUCGGCCCAGGGUCCCAUAGUCGCCUGGACGUGAAUGGGCGGAGGGAGGCACGGAUCCAGACUUUGGAGCCUGGACCGUGGCUGCACGAAGUCAAGUCCAGGGGCCACGGAACACGGCUGGUCAGGGCGCUGACAACACUGCAGAGAUUAGAAGAAAUGCUGGUCAUGGGUCUGAGAACUUCACGAGGAAUAACCAAUGAGGACUGGUUCGUUGUGUCCCAGGGGACAUCGCUGAAGGACACCUUUGAAGGAUCUUCCCAGACUCAAAGGUUGCUCGAUGCUGGACUUAUUCUACUGGACACCAGUGCCCUUCGACCCACCGAAGAAGGACUCAACGUGGCCGACAGCCUAAGCUGUGCACUGCUGCCUUUACUGGCGGAAAUGGAGUCUGCAACAGCUGUCUAAUAAACAAAGGGUCACACGA